GCUUACAGACACAUGCACCCGUCACUUCGACUUAGAUACUAUUCUGUUCGCUUCUUGACGUUAUCUGAAUAAAUUUAUUCGAAAUGAAGUAUCUUUUAACAGUCGUAAUGGUGGUGAUGGUCUUAGGCGCUUUACUGUCAGACCAUGUCGACGCAGCACUUCGUCUAAACCAAGAGCGUCGAAGCCAACAACGUCGAGGCAUUCUAUCCGAACGCGAUGAGACGAUCGCUAGCACACGACGUCGAAUCGGCCCACUGCAACACGGUUCUUCUCGCCGCCGCCGCCGCCGCAAUCUGUACGCCAAGGAGUCGGGACUUGAGACUAUUGGAAACAUCGUUCCCGUCCGUGAAAUUGGUUUUGGAUCAGGUGCUAACAUCAAGACAGGUCGUUUUGAGUUGUAGAACGCAGAGCUCUUUAUGAUGAAAUGGAAAACGACCCCCUUGUGCGAGAUUUAAAUUUUUCAAGAACCAAAAUAUUUUUCUUAACAUACUAUAAAAAUGGAACAUAUUUAAAUUGGAAUAUGUAUGAAAUGUAGUAAAUUUUAUACUUUUAUAUUAUCCUCAGUUAUGUGGCAUCCGCUGGGCAUGUUACCAGGAUCUUAAAGAUCUUUAAGUUAGUAUUAAACAAUAUUUCUAGGGGUCAUUUACUGGUAUUUCCAAUUGUUGUAACUUUUUGUAUAGUUAAGAUGUGUAGAGUAUUUUUUCAAAUUUAAAAAUACAGUUGAUAUUACUGCAAAUAUUAAUUGGCCUUAAAUGCUCCUACAAAUACUUAUGACAGACUACCAUUGCAAUUAUCAGAAUUAUUGCAAGUCCCGUUUUCUUAUCGGAUGGUGACAAUUCGUGUCAGUUGAUGUCAGUAUUUUCAAAUUUUAGAUUUGUUUGUAUUUUGAUGGGAAAAAUGAAAUUGAAUGACGAUUAACUUCUCUAUCACCAUAACUCUAUCAUUGCAAAAGGGAUUAUUUGCUAGUUAGCUCGCCGCGCUCUCUCAUACAAAAAACUAAAAUACCAAUUGGUUCCUAAUUGUAUAUUUUCUGAUGAGUAAAGAUAUAUGGAGUAAAUUUGAAUUUAGCAUAGAGAGAAUGUCCAAUAUUGUGACACUUAAGCCGUAAUUAAAUAUUUUUCAAAACAACAACAAAAAAGUUUCAUUCGUUUGAAUAAGAUCGAUGUUUUGAACUAGUAAACUGUCGAAAUAAAGUCGCGUUCGAUACAUGCUUCGAAGCAUAAUG